AAUCUGGCCAAACUGAUUAAAGACCAAACAAAAGAACCAGGGAAAGAUUAUCUGAUAAUUGACGUACGCGAUGAAGAUUUCAAGUCUGGACAUAUUCCGGGGGCUAUCAACAUUCCUUCACACACUAUGGCGGACGAAGUCAACAAUUUAAUAGAUACCUAUAGGCAGGUUCCGCAAAUUUUCUUCCACUGCGCUCUGUCUCAGCGACGCGGGCCGUCCUCUGCUCGCGUUUACAGUGAAACGCUUUCGCAAAAAAGCACCGAGACCUCACAAAAGGUCCAAAUACUUCGAGGUGGAUUCGUGCUGUGGCAAGAGAAGUACAAGGACGACCCGGAACUGAUUGCAGAUUAUGAUAAGGAUGUAUGGGAACAAAUGGUGUAUUAUUGA